UAUAAGCAACAAAUAAACAAGUAUGAUUUAUUGAGAAUGUUACACUUAAGGAUAACAAAGAAAAUGCCGAUUGCUUCUGGUUUACAAUGAUAGUGAUAAGGGAUCAAGAAAAGAUCUUGUAUAAAGAAAACUUGUUCUUACGGGCGAGAGCUUGGCAGGCACUGCGUACAGUGAAGAAUGCUGGACUCCACAAAUGGCGAAAAACAGUUCAGUCCCUGACGGUGGAAAAAAUAAGCUGCAACACGGACGAAGACCUACAAGAAGGGCAUCCUCUUUUAAAAAAGAAAUAAUUCCUGACUCGAAGAAUAGAGUUUAAUUAGGAAAUUCAAUUCUUUUAGAUGAGAUAAGUGACGUAUUUUUCUAUUACUAACGUCUGGAUUCACACGAUUUGGUACGAACAUUUGGUUCGAAUUCAAACUUAUUUAAAACAAAAAAACAUUACCGGCGGAUUCCCAGUUUUUGAGUGCAAUCGAUUAAGACGGUCUUCUGGUUUAUAUGAAUCCACAGGAAAACUCACUUUAAUAGAUAUUGAUCAAAUUUUGCAACACUCAAUAUUUAUCAAGUGAAAAAUAAAAUAAUUUUCGGGUUAUUUAAACCCACAUUUUUCAUUUCGUUUUGAGGCAAGGCACCAAAUCAAUGCUACUGAAAAAUGAAACAGUACAUGUAUGCAUGUGUCAUGAAAAUUUCAUUGUUUAUGCUCGGUUUCCUUGAAAUCCAUAGACAAAGAUGAUACCUCAUUUUGCAAUCAGAGCGCGCGAAAUAAGACAUAGCCUGUUGCUAUUCUCGUUGCAAAUCUUGCGCAAGCGCUUUGGCAAUGAGCGCUAUGAACAUACGUAGGUCACUCACAAAAUCGUGUGCGGUACCAUUACAUCAUCUGCUACACGUACAGAAACUGUGUGUUUACAUGGCAAUACAGUACAACUACAUUAAAAAGUACGUUAAAGCAGAUAAAAUACAUCAGCAAGAUAAAAAUAAUAGGACAUAAGACUAAAAACAAAACGAAAUAGCACACUGGCUCUCCUGGCGCAACAAACUCGAGCACCAUGCCAAAGGUCAUGGAAUUACCCAGAACGUGUGAAGCACCUGGGACUGAUCUCCCUCAGUGCGGUUUUUAUUCAAAAUGACGGUGAUACAUUGCACACGGUCAUAACAAACUGUAGGCCUACCAUACUUAGAGGAAGAUCCCGUAAACCCAAUAAGCGUCAUUUACCAAAAAUAAAGCUGACGGUCGGUACAGUUCUGUACGGAAAGGUACAAGGGCCACUUGCAAAACAGUUUUUUUUUUUGAGUCAUUAUCUCUCCGUGGCGAGUUAUUAUCUCACCGCUGCGAGUUACUGUGAGAUAGUCACUCGAAAAAAAAAUUGAAAGUGGCCCUUAUACACUUCCGUAGUUCUCAGACCACCGACGUAGUACACCGAAAACCUUUUUUUUUCAGUUACGACACACUUGCUAUGGAAGGACGCCAUGUUUGUUGAUGCUUGAUACCCACUAUAGGUCACGUGGGUUAGCGGGUGCAAUUGGUCUGUUGGACCAUGUCACGCAUGUAAAUUCUACAACCACACUCUGCCAAAACAAACCUGAUAAACGCUCGUCAAAAACGCACGUGAUGGCAGCGGAAUCCACAGAGCUCUGUUACGGUCAAAACAGAUCAGCCAAUUGCUACUGUGUGACAGCCUAGUUAUUAUGUAGUCCGAGUCAAGCGAUUCCUUUAAUUUCUUAUGACAAAAGCACGAUAUCGUUAGGUCGAGUUCGAAGUGCUGGACCUGGACUUCAGACUUAGGUUUUGAGUGCGUAGAUAGUCAUGCCAGAAAUACCCUUGCCACCGCAUACUUGUGUUUUUAUACGCAAUGGUGUAAUCGAACCGCACACCGAUUAUUUGUCAUAGUCAUGUGAUGGAAACAAAGAGGUUGGAAUUUCCACGUGAACUGUGCCACUUCUUUUUGACGGUAAGCAGCAGGAAGUAAGGGAAACUCGUCAUUCGGUCAUUUAUUCAACUUAUGGGCAAAUUCACCAUUUUGGCAAGAUAGAAAACGACAUAAACAUAAGGUGGGAUUUUUUGUUUCCUUAAACUGAUCCAUAUGAAACCAAAUGAUUCACCAAGUAACAACAGCAAAAACUUCAUUGGCGUUUUCAAGUGGCUGAGUGAAUUACACCUGCCCAGCACCCCUUAACUAUUCAGCCGAUCUUCGCCCCGCUCAAGCUUCCAAGUGGCUAAUGGGAGUCUGGGAAAGAAGAUCACAGAUCUACCAAGUUCCAAUCAGCAAGACAUCCAAGAUGUCAUGUGCCAUAUGCAUGGACCAAUUCAAACAACCAAAGGUGUUGCGCUGCGGUCAUACCUUCUGUUUAGCAUGCAUCGAGCACUGGUAUGAAUCCAAGCAUCGGCAUUCCUCCCGGAAAGAUGGUUCCGGGCGUCGUGUGGUACGAUGCCCAGCCUGCUUACGGUACACUCCAGUGCCGCCAGCAUCAGCUGACAAUGAUGGCUUUCCAUCACUCCCUACCAACUUUGCAUUGCUGGAAGCCCUGGAGGCAUCAUCGAUCAGACUGUUCGAAGAUGAUGAAGACGACAGACCAUCAACGUCUUGGAUGUGUCGAACUCACCUCGGCAAGCUUCUGGAGUUCCAGUGCGAGACGUGCGAUGGACAGCUGGUCUGUCGGCAGUGUGUUGAUUCACAGCACCGUCCAGAUGCUGGUCAUCGGAUCGGUAGUCUCGUGUCUCUAGUCCGUCGACAGAAUGCUGAGAGAGCCGAGCUGGAGCAGAUGGUGAUGGAGCUCCAGGUGAGAAAUAUGGAACUGACUGAGUGCAACGCCAUCCUCCAGUUAGACACUUUAGACCGUCAUGAAAAUAGCAGUGCGAGAAAGAACGUCGUACCGAUUGCUCAGAAAAGUACUCCUGACAGCGUCACAGCUCAGGAGGCAGAGACAAACAAAACGAAAUCAAAGUCAAGAUCAGAGGAGCCGCAAGAAAGGAUAAACGUGGUUGACAAAAGGAAGCCACCACCUAUCCCACCCGGCUCUAAAACUAAGUCUCUCCCAACUAAGUAUGGACUGCCGGCACCACCCGCACCGCCGUGCUUUGGGAACGGUCGCCAACGCCGCACCCGUCCACCACCGCAAGCACUAACUUCCUCAACAAUUCACAAACCACGUUCUGAUGUCGCACAAGAAUAAGUCCAGAAGAAAGUGUUCCAUAAAGGCCAUUACCGGUGAUAUUCAAACGACGAUAUUCAACUUCCUGUACUGCACUACACAACGUUUUAAGGAUGCAGAUCACCAAGACAGUUGUUCAGCAAAUUGUCGUAAGUGUUGUAAUAUUGAUGAUUUUCCUGCUGUUAUACAUUGAAGUAAAAGCCUGAAGUUUCGCUGUAAUUGUAGUAGUAAGACUAUUAAACUGAUCCUGGAGAUUGAGACUGGUGAUUUUCGAGAAGAUCGGAAAUUUACAUUUAUGAAAAUAAGGAUAAUGAUGUAAGAUUUGUCGUAAUUUGGAAUUGUGGAGAUCGAGGUUGGAAAGGAAAUAAAUUGGAGCAUGAUUUCGCUAGUUCUUUAAAACUUUUAAGAUUUUGGGUCUACAUUUAUUGUAAAUGGCCUUAUGUUGAGACUGGUCCCACUGAC